UUGGUAUUCCAACACCCAGUCACUCGCUUCCUCCCCCCCCCCCCAAAAUAGAGUAGUAAUCAUUCAUAAUAAUACAUAGCGGACGACUAGCUACCAAGACCCACUAUGCACUUCUCAACAGCUCUCGCCGCCGCCGCCGCUGCGAUUGUGCCUCUCGUAAAUGCCCAUGAAGGAGCUCCAAUUCCCAGGAUCGCGGGUCUUAAUAUCAAGGAUUUAAAGGCUCGGGAUAUCUUCACGAACUUCAAGGUCCGACAGGCAGCCGAUGUCGAUCAUCACGACGCGCCGAAGAAGCGCUCGAACCUGGAGGCCCGCCAGAAUACAGAUGGACAGUGUGGUGCUGGAUUUGGAUCGUGUGCGGCGGGCUACUGCUGCAGUGAAGGCGGAUGGUGUGGAAAAACCGCGGACUACUGCUACUCCCCAGGCUGUAACUAUAAGUAUGGUCCCGGAUGCCCUGAAAAUGUGACGCCAGCGGGCACCAACACCUCGACCGUUGCCCGCACCAAGGUUGGUUCCGUAGCGUACGGAGGAGCUGGUAUCUAUAACUGUGUUACCCCUGGAACUGUUGCCAUUACAUAUGAUGAUGGCCCACUCCAGAACUACACAUCACACAUUCUGGACAUUUUUAAGAGCUAUAACGCAAGGGCUACGUUCUUCAUCACUGGGAACAACAUCAACAAGGGAGAGAUCGACCUCGCUUCUACUGGUUUCCCUGCUGUUAUCCAGCGCAUGCACACCGAUGGACACCAGAUCGCCUCCCACACCUGGACCCAUUUGGAUCUAAGCGCCAUCACUGCCGUGGAUCGAAAGAAUCAGAUGUACAAGAAUGAGAUGGCUCUCCGCAACAUUCUUGGCUUCUUCCCCACCUACAUGCGCCCACCGUAUUCGAGCUGCACGUCCGCCUCCGGCUGUGAGAGUGACUUGGCCAACCUGGGCUAUCAUGUGAUCUAUUUCGAUGUUGACACAGACGACUACAACCAGGAUUCGCCGAAUCUGAUCCAAAACGCCAAGAAUUACUUCAAGGGUAAUAUCACCGCUGGAGGUGCGACGGCGAGCAAUUCCGACUGGCUCUCCAUCAGCCACGACAUUCACGAGCAGACUGCCUAUAAUCUGACAGACUUCAUGCUCUCGACCCUCACCGGCCUUGGCUACAAGGCUGUCACUGUCGGCGAGUGCCUGGGUGAUCCAUCCGCCAACUGGUACCGCAACUCGGCUGGCAGCACCGGAUCAGUCUCGACAUCAACUCCCGUCCAAACUAGCACCCAGGUCUCUUCAACCAGCUCUGCUCCAUCCGCCACGGGUACCAAGAAGGUUUCAACUGAUGCUACUUGCGGCGGAACAAACGGAUUUACUUGCCAAGGGUCGACCUUUGGCAACUGCUGCUCUUCAGCCGGCUGGUGCGGCCAAACAACCGCGUAUUGCGGUACUGGCUGUCAACCGAGUUUUGGAACAUGCUCUAGUUCCAGCAGUAUUAGCAGCGUGAAACCCUCAACCUCUUCCAAGCCCGUGUCCUCCAUCAGGCCCUCAUCGACCUCGACAAAACCAUCUGCUUCUGCCACUCCCUCUGGCAAGACCGUUUCGACUGAUGCUACGUGUGGUGGUACCAAGGGUUUUACCUGCCAGGGUUCUACCUUUGGUAACUGCUGCAGCGUCAACGGCUGGUGUGGCUCCACCUCAGCUUACUGUUCCACGGGUUGUCAAAGCGCUUUUGGCACAUGCGGCACCAGCGGCACAACCUCCUCCCCAGCCCCGACCUCGACUGGAAAAGCUAUUUCCACCGAUGGAACCUGUGCUGGAACUACUGGCUUCACGUGCCAGGGAUCAACCUUCGGGAACUGCUGCUCCCAGUAUGGAUGGUGCGGGUCGACGACUGGACAUUGCGGAACUGGCUGCCAGACUGCCUUUGGCACCUGUACGUAAGCAACCUAGGAGUGGAAAGAGCUCGAGAUGGCAGUGGACGGCGAUAUCGUCAAGUAAGUAGGAGGAGGGAACGGAGAGCGAUCAUUGAAUGGUGUUUUGACGAAACAUGGGGUGUUUAAUAAACGCACGCGUACAGCGUGUUAGCAUAUUUCAUGGAACAUGAACAAGGUGUGUUUAAUCUAGUGAACCUCUUGCUACAAUCAGAGCACAUACAAAUAGGAUAC